UAAUCAAAGAGUGCAAAAUAUGAGGAGGAUGCUAGUCAUAAAACAGACAUGGAACAUCUACCCAGCAACAUCAAACAUCAUAGUUACUGGGAAUCAACUAAAGUUUCAUGGGCUAAUUAAUCACAAUAUAUUACACACAACUAAAAAGUUUCCGGAUCGCAAUCUUUGCAGUUAUGGAACAAACCAUUGGAAAUCUCUAGUGCUUGAGAGUUAUGAUCCUUUGCAUUAUAAUAACGGAAAAGCAACACCACUCGGAAAAACGAAAAAUGACCGCUUCUUGGAAUUCUUCUUUCUGAAAUUACCUCUGAAUAUGAAGAAUCUGAGCAAGAAUUUGUCGAUCUGGAAGGUCAAAACUAUGGCGCAAUCGAGCAGGGAGGUCAUCGAUCGGGAAGGACAAAAUUAUGGCGCAGCAAUUGAAUUGAAAGCUUCUUGUCAUCGAUCUGGAAGGGCAGUGCUAUGGCGUAUUACGUAAAAUAAAAGGGUAAAGUAGUAUUUUUAGAUUGCAACGGUCCAAUAAUAACUUUCAGCUCAAAAAGUAACCUUAUUGUUACUUUUUUGGCUGAUAAGCAAAAACAGCCCAAACAGCCCAUUUGCUAUGUGUUUGGCAAUAUUUUUGCAUUUUCAGGCUUUUCAGCCCAUUUUUAUUGCUCCAAACGGCCACUUAUUAUAGAAAGAUAGCGUGGACUAGCUAGUAGCUCUUUUAUCAUCUCCUUUUGAACCAAUCAA